AUGGAUGCGAGUGGUGGUGGGAAAACACGAUCCAGAGGAAGAGAUAUGGGAAUAGGGGAGGCUUUUGGAGCAUUGGCUAAAGCGCAACAGCUACUGCUUAACGACCAAGAAAGGGAUUAUAUUCUCACCCAACUACAUGCUGCGAAAGAACCCGUCUCAGAUGCUCUCAAGACUCAACCUUUUCGCUGUAUCAAUCCUCUUGUUUCCAAGAAAAUCAUUCAGAUGGAUGUGAUUCAAGUGGAGGAGAAAGGGUUUUAUGUGAGGUUCGUGUGUAACAAAGGAUAUGGUGUUGCUCCAUCACUCUACAAGUCUUCGGAGUCUCUCACAAGUUUUCAAGAGCAAAACUCAAACCAAAACUCUCCUUCUUCUGACAGAUACCUCUUAACAUAUACAUUAGAUAGCUUAAACUUGCCUAACUUGAAGCUGUGGAUCACAGGAUCACUUCUAAACAAAGGUUUCGAAAAAAUUAACGCAUCAAGGGCAUGGCAGAGAAGCGGUCAAGGGAAGAGAAGUCGGGAAAGAUUAAAACGGCGGAGUAGAGCGGAAUGUUGA